UUCCAGAGCUCGUGGGCUCCUGGGGGCAGUGGUUGCCUCGUCACCAGGUCCGGGAGGCCAGCACUGGGUGCCCGACUGGGAGCCUUUAAGAGGCCGAAGCAGUAUGGAGAGUGAACAGAGAGUUUCCCGAAAAGGCCGCAAGCUGGGCUCCAGCCGCCGGCGGCAGAUGAGAGAAGCAGCUGAUAGCCUGGAUGCUGCUGCGGCCCCAGAGCCAGAGUCCUGGUCCUCCCAGGCGGCUGCCGAAUUGCAAGCCUUCUUCCAGGACUGUGGUGCCAAGGAGAGGGGCUUUGUCACCCGCGAGGACCUAGCGGUGGCCAAGUUCAGCUUCCUGAGUGGCGAGGACGAGCUGGAGAUGAUCUUUGACUGGGUGGAUGUGGAGCAGAAGGGACGCCUCUCCCUUGAAGAAUUCAGCUCUGGGCUCAAGAACGUCUUCGGCUCCAGCACCCACGGGGUCCGCAGAAAGAGGCCAGUGCCCUCCGAGAGGGAAUCUGCAGCCACCAGCUUCCCGGUGCUGGAGGAGGCUGACCCUGAGGAGAAGGAGGCGUUCUUCGCAUUCAUACAGCAGCUGGGGGCAGGCCACUUACUUCCCGAGCAGGCAGAGAUCGGGCAGCUGUGGGGGAAGCUGCGGCAGGAGGAGCCCCAGCUGGCAGGCAACCUGGAGGGCUUUCUGGCCAGGAUGACCAGCCGCCUGCAGGAGGCACAGGCCGACAAAGAGGCUUUGGAGCUGACCCUGCGGAAGCGGGACUCUGAUCACCAUCGAGAGGUGCAACAGCUCUAUGAGGAAAUGGAGCAGCAGAUCCUCCGGGAGAAGCAGCAGCUGCAGGCCCAGAGCGACUCCCGGGGCCUGGCCUUCAGCUCCCAGAUGCAGGAGGUCCUGGAGGCCAAGGAGCGUGAAUUUCAGCGGCUGACUGAGGGCCAGAGGGAGCUGGAGGCCCGGGUCCAGUUCCUCAGCAGCACACAUCAGGAGGCCAACGCGGAGAACCGGCAGCUUCGGGAGGCUGAGCGUGACCUGGCUGGGCAGCUGGAGGAGGCGCAGGAGCAACUGCAGGUGACCAGGGGGCGUCUGAAUGCCGCCAGGGGCCACGUGUCCUGGCAGACGGAGGAGGAGCCAAGUGUCCCCAGGGCAGGUGAGGAGAAAGCUCCAGACACCAAGGCAGUCUCCUCAGAGGAGGCCCCCCUGCCUGGACUGUUUGGGGAUGAGGAUGACUGGGACCAGCUCCUGAACAGCUUCAACACCUCCUCGCGCAGAGCCCUGCAGCUCUCCUGGAGCCCACCCUCCACCCCGAGAGCCCCGGCAGGCCCCCAGACGCCCCGAGUAGUCAGGCAGAUCUCCAUCUCGGAGCUGCAUUCUUUGCCAUUUGGUCAGGGGCCACCUUCAGAUCUGGAUGGGGCUCCAAGGAGCCCCACGGGGGCGCCCUCCAGGGCCACGGAGGGGAAAGGAGUGGACGUGGGUGGGCAGGACAUCAGUCCAGAGCAGCCUGUCCAGCCUCACAGCCUGGAACCUAAGGAGGAGUCAGGGCCCGGCCCCGAGGCCAUCUUCCACGGGAGUUCCCCAGGGGCCCCGAGUGAGGAGUCAGGGAGCCUAGUGGGAGCUGCACUCAAAAUGCUCAUUCCUUUGGAGGAUGCACCCCCUCCUCCGGUGACCUCCUCUCCUCCCCAGGCCCCAGCUGGGCCCAGCGAACAGCUCCAGGCCUCAUACUCAGAUGACAAUAAGAGCCCAGAGCCCGGGCCUGUCCCAGUCAAGCCGCCCAGGCAGAGAGAGGCCCUCCUGCAUCAGGACCCACACGCCAGUGGCUCUGAGCCAGGACUGGGGUCCCCAGGAGCCGGAACCCCCACACCGGGGCUGGCUGAGCCCUCCCAGGAUCCAGAGCCUGUGGGUCGGGCUCCCACAGAGGGAUUGGAGCAGGGCCAGCUGGGCCCUGGUGCGCAGGAGGGCCAUCCUGGAGGGCCAAGAGAAGCUCACAGCCAGGUCCUCGGGCCAGAAGGCCUGCCCACCCUUUCCCGCAAGAGUCUAGAAGAAGAGCCCAAGGUCGAGGAAAGGAAACAGGUGGAUCAAGGAAGGCUAGACCUCAGUUCAGGGCAGUCCACUGAGGCUCAUGGCCUGAAAACGGGGCAUUCAGAACACCCCCAGCAAGACGGCCUGCCUGCCCCUCACCCGAAUGACGUACCGCAGGCUCAGGCUGAAGCAGGGGCCCCUGCUUCUAGAAAACAGUCACCUCCACUGGACUCUCCCCAUGAGGGGGCUCAGCGCGGGGAUGGAGCAGGGCCCCGGGAGCCCACACAGAACCUCCCCACCUUGGUUGAGCCGGAAACCCACCCCAUGCCCUCACCUACAGCUGCUCAUACAGAAGAACAAGGCUCCCUACGACCCAGGGAGCCAAGGGCAGAGAACAGGCCUGAAGACCCAGGAAGUGACUCCAAGGAGGCUGAGCUGACCCCAUCCUCAGGGUCCCUCACUGCCAACAAGCCCCCAGCCAACCCUGAUUACCUCUUUCACAUCGUCUUCCUGGGAGACUCGAACGUGGGCAAAACAUCCUUCCUAUACCUGCUGCACAAAAACACCUUCAUCCCUGGGCUGACAGCUACUGUGGGUGUGGAUUUUCGGGUCAAAACUCUGCUGGUGGACAACAAGUGCUUCACGCUGCAGCUCUGGGACACGGCUGGCCAGGAGAGGUACCACAGCGUGACUCGGCAGCUACUCCGAAAGGCUGAUGGAGUGGUACUCAUGUACGACGUCACCUCCCAGGAGAGCUUUGCCCACGUGCGCCACUGGCUGGACUGUCUCCAGGACUCAGGGUCCGAUGGGGUGGUCAUGCUUCUCCUGGGAAACAAGAUGGACUGUGAGGAGAAACGGCAGGUGCCCACCGAGGCCGGGCAGCAGCUGGCCCAGGACUCAAAUUCUUCUCUGGCGAGAGCGCAUCAAAAGCCCCACCACCAGACAGUGGAUACUAUUUAUUUACGAAUAGAAUUUGGCCACAUUCCAGAAACUCUGGAGAAUAAUAGAGAAGGAAAAAAGAACCCACCCCUUGCCCCACCUCUGCGACAACCCCUCUUGGCAUUUCCAUAUUGUAUUUCCUUCCCCUUCUCUUUUCUCGUAAUCAUGAGGUCAUCACUGUGGCUCCUGGUUGGCGGGAAUUUUUCCCUCUUGAAUGUAGUGGCUCAUCUCUUUGACAUGGUAAUUCCUCCUCUGGCAAUUUAUCCUGAGGAAAGAAUCAGAAAUAAUAAUCCCUAAGAGAAUAGAGUAACGGAUACCCGCGUAUAAUGUAUAAUCAAGAAUGUUUACGUGAGGAUGUUAUUUACAGUAUUAUUUAUAAGAACAGACAUUUGGCAGUGGGUGGUGGUCAAAUUGUGGAGGUUCAUGGGAGAGGCUAGCAUUUGCCAUUAAGAAUCCCGUCCCAGAAAAAAUAUUUGAAGGUGUGGAGGAAAUGCUUACAAUAUAACGUGAAGUCAAAAGAACAGCUUCUGAAUCCUGUGAGGUUGCUGAUAUUUGACUGGGGCCCCGUCAAACUAGCCAUUGCAUAUGGUUUAAUCCAACAGUACAAUGACCUUGAGCCCACCCUACCCCAAAGGGUUAUAUAAAACAGAGCGAGGGGCGCCUGGGUGGCUCAGUCGGUUAAGCGUCUGACUUCGGCUCAGGUCAUGAUCUCACGG